UUUUAUAAGUCAACAAUCGGUGUGGUGUGUCGGUCUGUCUCUGUGUCUGAGAAAAAAAGGAUGGAUUUUCAGGCUUUACCAGAAGGAUGCAUCGCUACCAUACUAUCUUUUACGACUCCUGCUGACGUGUGCAGGCUCUCUGUCGUUUCAAAGAUUUUCCGUUCUGCUGCUGAAUCCGACGAUGUGUGGAAUCAUUUUCUCCCUUCCGAUGCCGAUAUCAUCACUUCCCGCGCCGAUUCCGAAUCUACUUCGCUUGCCAACUCUCAUUCGAUGAAAACCGUCUAUUUCGCUCUGUACCCUAUGAUCAUCGCCCAGGGUACUAAGAGCUUUCAAUUGGGCAGAAAGAGUGGGAAGAAGUGUUACAUGCUCGCUGCUAGAGCUCUCAGUAUCAUUUGGGGUGAUACUCCUAGGUAUUGGAAGUGGACCACCCUCCAAGAUUCCAGGUUCCCUGAAGUUGCUCAGCUUCUCGAUGUGUGUUGGCUUGAAAUUCGUGGGAUGAUAAACACCCUUGCAUUGUCCCCAAAUACUCAGUAUGCAGCUUAUCUUGUGUUCAAGAUGAUCGAUGGCAUAGGUUUUCGUCACAGUCCUGUGGAGUUAUCAGUUGGUUCCUUACAUGGCCAAACUACUACCCACACCGUCUGUUUGGAUCCAAACUUAGGAAGCAGGCCGCACCGCAGAGUUGUGGGAUUGCCACUUCCAAAUGAGAGAAGUGAUGGGUGGUUGGAGAUUGAGAUGGGGGAGUUCUUCAAUUCUGGCCUAGAAGAUGAAGUGCAGAUGAGUGUUGUGGAGAUAAAAUGUGGUAAUUGGAAGAGUGGUCUCGUUCUUGAAGGAAUAGAAGUCAGGCCUAAGGAAGACAAUUAAGCAACCUAAGUUCUUGUUUAAUUUAAUUCACAGAACUAUGCGUAAGUCUUGCGUCUUAAAAUGGCAGAACACUGCUUGCAGAUUUGAAGCUUCAACUUUUGAACAUACUAUGUGAUGUGUUCUCUUCUUGCCAAACUGCUACUCUCUUCGUGAAGUAUAAGUAUAUGCAUAAGUUAUAUUGCUUGUCGUAAUUCUUAUGACUGAUUAUACUUUAGCAUCGCGUUUAGUGGUGUAACUUUUUGUAUUUUGGAUAUAAACGCUUUGGUGGAGGUACUUCCAACUAUCUAUUAUGAUGCAUUAUGAAUUUGCUGUCAUUUAGUGUUCAACAUUCAAUUAUGAACACUAGGUAAUUGAU